AUGGCUGGACCAAGCCUCACAAAAGGCCCAUACACCCCUUUCCUCUUCUUUCUCCCCCAUCCACCCAGCCAAACCCUAGCCAAUCCUGUUCUUUCUUCUGUGCCACCCCUCUCCUUCCCUGGUGUGGUGGCGCCCCCAGCCCUGGACUUCCCCUUGCAGCACCAAUCCAUCGAGAAGAAUCAGCAGAAUGGGAUCACAGGAAGGAGGAGAAGGAAGGACCAGCUGCCCCCCCCCCCUUUGUUGCUGCAACCCCUCUCCAAUCCAAACUUGAUGACAGCAAGGGCAGGUUUAAAGGCAGGGAGAGGUGCACAAGGGAAAGUGAGCGAAUUUGUGGUGGUGCUUCGUCUUACACUUGAAGUUCGCCGUUACUACCGGUUGAAGGUUCUCGAAGCAUGUCAUGAAGGGAUGAAGAUGUAACAGCAUAUUUUGCACUUCAUGUCUACACUUUUUAUCUUGUGCUAUAAUAAUCAAAGUCUAGUCUUUACAGUCGUUCGCUGGAUGUUUAAAGAGUAGCGGUGAUGUUAAACUUAAUAUUUUGCUCUUGGUCAUGUCAGGAUGAUUUUAUCUGCUAAUAUGAUAUUUUGCAUAUUUUGUUUA